CGAGGAAAUUCAGCUGCCAGUCUUCUACGGUGCGUCUGUCAUCAAUCACACCAAACGGGCUGCAACUAGUACAUAUAUUGAGUGGAUGAUACCCACUCUUGCUAGUUCCGCUAUUACAUCGUUCUAAAAAAGUACAGAUAAAAUGCCUCCUCAAGGGCAAACUGGUGGCUCAUGGGUCCUCUAUGAAACAGAUGCUGUGAAUGAGGACACUGAUGCCCCAGUGAUCGUACCCCCGUCGGCCGAGAAAAGGGAAUGGAAGAUAGUUUGGAGAAAUGUCAUUCUCAUGGGAAUGCUCCAUAUCGGAGGAGUAUAUGGAGCUUACCUCUUCCUUACAACAGCAAUGUGGCGAACGUGUAUAUUUGCUGUGGUUCUGUAUAUAUGCUCGGGCCUGGGUAUCACUGCUGGUGCUCACAGGCUAUGGGCUCACAAGUCAUACAAAGCGCGUCUGCCACUGAGACUUAUGCUGACUCUCUUCAACACCCUGGCCUUCCAAGAUGCCGUCAUAGACUGGGCCCGUGAUCAUAGAAUGCAUCACAAGUACUCUGAAACGGAUGCUGAUCCUCACAAUGCGACUCGAGGCUUCUUCUUCGCCCACGUCGGCUGGUUGCUGGUCAGGAAACAUCCUCAGAUCAAGGCUAAGGGACACACCAUCGACUUGAGUGAUCUGAAGAGCGACCCUAUUCUGCGCUUCCAGAAGAAAUACUACCUGUUCCUAAUGCCCCUGGUCUGCUUCAUCCUGCCGUGCUACAUCCCCACCCUGUGGGGUGAAUCUCUAUGGAACGCAUACUUCGUGUGCUCGAUCUUCCGCUACGUGUACGUGCUGAAUGUGACCUGGCUGGUGAACUCCGCCGCCCACCUGUGGGGCGCCAAGCCUUACGACAAGAACAUCAACCCCGUGGAAACCAGACCCGUCUCCCUCGUCGUGCUCGGCGAAGGCUUCCACAACUACCAUCACACCUUCCCCUGGGACUACAAGACCGCUGAACUCGGGGACUACUCCCUCAACCUUACCAAAUUGUUCAUUGAUACCAUGGCCGCUAUCGGAUGGGCAUAUGACCUCAAAACGGUGUCCACUGACGUCAUCCAGAAGCGCGUGAAGAGGACCGGUGACGGCAGUCACCCGGUCUGGGGCUGGGAUGACCAUGAGGUGCACCAGGAGGACAAGAAAUUAGCAGCUAUUAUUAACCCAGAGAAGACUGAAUAAUCAAACCGACCCGUUUGAUCAAAUUCCACUAGUUUUUAGAUCGAAUGGUGUACGUGUAUUAAUCUACAUAAUUGUGAGGGACAUGUGAUACCAGUAAUAUUAUUUAUUUUAUAUAAUUUGCAAUGAUAAUCAUCAUGGUUUAUCAAGACUUUUAGAUUUAAUUCUUAGAUUUGUAAAGAAAUGAUGCCCAUCUGUUUCAUGUAGACAGAAAUUAAUAAAUAAUGCCAAAAAUUAAA